CGGCGGCAAUUGGCAGCGGCACCGGACUGAAUAUCGCCGAAAGCUCCGCCGCGGGGAGCGAGUGCGCGCGCGCCAGUACCCCUCCGACCAGCGAUGCUGUGCUGUCUCCGGAAAUAGAUGUAGAUGUAGGAAUAUUCUCGUCCAUAGAUCGGUGGUUCGGGUGCGCGUGUGUGAGUGCAAAUGACUGAUAGCCCGACUUAGCAGGGCUGGAACUGUACAAAAUGUGGACCAAAAGGCAGUUAUGGAGGUUUAUGUUGUGCAUACUGUUCGCCGUGUCGGCGCUGGCCGCGGCAGCGAGAGCUGAUGACGUGCCGUCAGAGUCACAGUGCCGACCUUACAUUGAGAAAGCUCUUAAAGAGCUCGAAAGCGAAACAGAUACAGAUUCCUCAGAAAAACACGACUCUAGUGAAGUAAGUAUAGACAUCGAAACGAAAGAAGCAGAUUCAGCGGAAGAUAGUGAGGACGCUGCAGAUGCGGACAGCAAGGAAGAUGGACCAUCGGUUGAAGUAGCUGACGAGCCAUACGUUGCUCAUGCUUCGAUAGAAGUGGAAGGUAGAGCCAACGACAACGAAUCGAAAGAGGAGGAAGCGACGGUAGAGGAAGUGGACGCCGAGAGCGCAGAAGGCGCUGCGCAGGACAGCAAAGAAGGAGACAGCAAAGAAGAUGGAGAAGCAUCAGCUGAAGCAGAAAGCGGCGAAGACAAGGACGAGUCCGAACAACCUCAAACCGACAGCCAGGAAGACGGUGGGGAAGGCGAUGACGCUGAUAGCAAAGAAACUCAAGAAUCAGAAAAGGACUCUGAAGGCGAUUCCGAAGAAAAAACAUCAGAUGAUGACGAUGAAGACAACAAAUCUGAUGAAGCUGCAGACGCAUCUGAAGAACACGUAGAAGAAAGUGACGACUCUAAAGAAAAUACAUCUAGGGAAGAUACUACAGCUGAGGACAAAGAUGAAUCCGCUGAACAUGGUGAUACGAAAGAAGAAGAUGCUUCCCAAGAAGAUGAAAAGUCAGGAGAGAAUCAAGAUGAUUCAGCGGAAGAACAGGACGAUGACGAUGAUAAGUCCGGAGAAGAAACAGCUGAAGUUGAUGACAAGUCGGGCGAAGAGGAUGAAGCUGAAGAUGAGAAGGGGUCAGAUGAAGGUAGAAAAUCAGUGGAAGGUGAAGAAUCGGAAGAAGGAGACAAAGCAUCGGAAGAGACUGAACAAGCAGAUGAUGAUGGAAAGGAUUCGACAGAUGAAGAAUCAUCCGAAGGAGAAUCAGAAGAAGAAGCAGCUGAGGAAGAGUUGCUAAAUGUUUCUGAAAUUCCCGAGAAUUUAAGGUCUCGAGAUCACAUUGCCCAAAUACUCAGAUUAGACGAAGAAGCAAGUGAAGCUGAAUUGACCAUAGAGAAAUCUGCUGAAAUUGUGCUCAGAGAUAUUAAAAGAUUGUACGAAAAUUCCAUUAAACCAUUAGAAACUCUUUACAAGUACAGAGAUUUGAGCAACAGACAUUUUGGUGACCCAGAAAUCUUUUCAAAGCCACUCGUUUUAUUUAUGGGACCGUGGAGUGGUGGAAAAUCUAGCAUUUUGAACUACUUGACGGGGCUCGAAUUUACCGAGUGGUCUCUGAGAACAGGUGCCGAGCCAUCUCCUGCAUACUUUAAUAUUCUGAUGCACGGAAAGGAUCCAGAAGUACUCGAUGGCACUCAGCUUGCCGCUGACUGGACUUUCUCGGGACUUCAAAAGUUCGGUCAGGGUCUAGAAGAGCGUCUAAGAGGACUCAAACAUCCCAGCAAAAUAUUGGAGAAGGUGAACAUCGUAGAGAUCCCCGGUAUCCUGGAAGUCAGGAAACAAGUUUCUCGCGUAUUCCCCUUCAACGACGCUUGCCAGUGGUUCAUUGAUCGGGCUGACAUUAUCUUCCUCGUGUAUGAUCCUUCUAAGCUUGACGUUGGUCCAGAAACAGAAGCCAUCCUUGACCAGUUGAAGGGCAGGGAAUCCCAGACUCGCAUCGUGCUGAACAAGGCGGAUACCGUGAAGCCCGAGGAAUUAAUGCGUGUCCAGAGCGCAUUAAUUUGGAACAUCUCUCCCCUUAUGAGCUCCGCUCAACCUCCAGUGAUGUAUACGGUAUCUCUGUGGUCGAUGCCGUUCGAGGCGGGGGCGCCCGUCAGGCUGCUGCAGGCGCAGGAACGCGAGCUCCUGCGAGACCUGCGGCAAGCCAUCGACAAACGCGUUGAAAACAAGAUCUCCAGCGCGAGGAGAUUUGCCGUUCGGGUGCGAAAUCACGCUAAGAUGGUCGACUGCUACUUAACAACAUAUUACAACCACAAGACGAUAUUCGGAAACAAGAAGCUUAUUGCCGACGCUAUCAUUGAAAAUCCACAGAACUACCACAUCUACGAGGGUCUCAGCACACUCACCAACAUUUCCAGAUACGACUUGCCGGACCCUGAGACAUACCGAGACUUCUUCCGUCUGAACCCGCUGUACGAGUUCCAGCAACUGUCGGCGACCUGCACGUACUUCCGCGGCUGCCCCAUCAACAAGCUCGACGUGGCCAUCGCGUACGACCUCCCAGAGAUCGUCGGCAAAUACAAAAAGAUGGUGGAGACCUCCACGCCCCAGGGCAUGCCCAAGAGUUGAUACCGUCCCGAACGAACGAAAUCCGCGCACCGCGCCGUCCUAACCUGCUUUUUAUUAUAGAUAUUUAAAUUGGACAUUUAUUUUGGGCACAUUUUGCAUUUCUUUAUUGAUCGGACAUCAGGAUAAUUCGUUUUUUUAAUGGCAUUUCUGUUUCUUAACUUAUUUAUAUUUUGCUUAUUCUGAACUUGAACAAUCGCUUCUUCCUUUUUAUGAAAUGGAUGAGGUAUUGUGUCGUGUAACUUUUCUAUUGCGAGUUUCUUCGUGCGUUUAGCUAUUCAGCUUGAAAAUUCCCAGUUGGUACCGACAUCUUGUGAACGGGUCCAAUUUACCUACCUGCGUGAAAAGGCUUCUUAAAAUAUCUGAACACUUCUCUUGCUGCAACAUAUGAUAAUCAACACUUAAUAAUGAUAUAUUUAUUUACAUACAUAUAGAUGAUCGAAUGGUUGAUUAUGCAACGUGUCUCAGUGGUCAGAUGUUUUUCUUAGACUCGCGUAUUCCCCUACUGAUUCUGUCUAGCUAGUUACGGGGGUUUAUUUUAUAGCUGAUAACACUUUACAAGACAAUUUCCAAAGUCCUAAUUAACACUUGUUAGGAACGAGUCGCAAAACUAUUAAAUUAAUCUAGUCAUUAUAUUAAAGUUUGUUAGAGAGAUAGGUAUUGUUAUUUAUUACCUAUUUGAAGUGAAUUCCUACAAUCCUUAGAGGACUAAUCGUGUAUCAUUUUUGUUAUCGCCUGAUUAUUUCUUUGAUAGUUAUUUAAUGAAUCACAAUGUGACUAUGUAAGGAAAAAAAUAAUAAAAAUGUCAUAAAAACCGU